AUGUCUCGCCAUCAAUUUGACCUUGUUAUGUGUUUCAAACAACCGGGUACGCAUGUAGGCCGAUUGUGUGAAAAAUGCGAUGGGAAAUGUCCUAUAUGCGAUUCGUACGUCAGACCCAAGUGUAAGGUACGGAUCUGUGAUCAAUGCUCGUUCGGGGCCAACCAUAAAAAGUGCAUUAUAUGUGGGCAGAUGGGUUCGACAGAUGCAUACUAUUGCUGGGAAUGUUGCCGGUUGGAGAAAAAUAAAGACGGCUGUCCGAAAAUCCUGAAUGUGGGCAGCAACAGGACCGACAAACACUUUGAGCGAAAAAGUAAUAACGACUAA